CAAAACUAACAUAGGCUCACUGAAAAUACGCGCCUCCACAUUUCUGCAAACCUGAAAAUACGUACCUGUGUACGAAUCACUGCAGUUUCCAGUUGAAAUGAACACUAGAGGCAGUAAAACUUUUAUUCCUUUUCACACAUAGUAUGAUUUACACACAGAGUUUUGAUUCAUACAGACUAAUUUUCACACAUUACUGCUGAAGAAUAUUAUAUUAUGGCUUCAAAACCAUUUUAACACUCUAUGGACAUUACACUUUGAAACUGCUGUGAGGUAAUGGGUGGAGAUAGACACCUAAUCAUACCCUAACCCUACCUCUUACCCUAUCCUAAACAUAGCUCCACCCAUUAGUUCAAAAAGAGGUGGAGCUGGACAUCCAGAGAGGGGGAGCUGGAGACCAAUAGGCUCUGCAGUGAGCAGUACUUGGCAAAACAUGCAGAAAGUACGUAAUUAGCUACGGUGUUGCAGAAAUGUAUGUAGAGGCAAGUAUUUCCAAUGAGCCUGGGUUUCACAAAACAGAGACAAGAAAUUUUAGAAAAUUAAGUUCUCAAUGGGACUGUUCAAGGAAUAAAAGCCACUGUUGGACACCAAAAGGAAUGUCACAGAAAAUAAUUGGUAUUUUGAAAAUCCUGUAUUUCUCAUUGUCAUGUCCUUAAUCUGUUAAGACAUCAUUCUAAUACAACUAGUAGGGAUCUAAUAAACCUUCUACAUAAUAUUUAGUAGAACCCUAAAAAUUACAUUCAAAUUUACACCUCAAUUUCACGUGUUCUAGUACCAUCUUAUUUGAUUCUAAAUGGAAACUUUUUUGCUCUGUUAAGAAUCAAAUAAGGAGGAUUAUUUGCUCCAUCCUACAGAAGUGAUCAAGUCAUUCUAAUACAAAUCCAUACACAUUCCAAUAGAAUAUUUUAGCGGAUGAUUCUGUGGACAGAUAUUUUUGUAUAAUGAUCGAUACUUUAUUUUCCCCCAAAGCAAUAGAGAGCAAUAGAGGAGGAACUACAAGCCAUGAGUGACAAGGAACAGAGUCGGAUGCCACUGCUUCCAGAAAAGGCUGCCAUUCUGGGAAAGUGUGCAGGUGCCUUUUGCCAUGCUAUUAGUGUAAAAUUUAAUUGCACAGCUAUUCUCCAAAAUGUAGAAGAGGCUGGCUCCUUUGUUAGUAACACAGGUGGUAUCUGGCGUGCUGAGAAGAGGUUCUCCACAAAGCUGUCAAGGACAGUUGAAGUAUCAGUCUGGAAAGACGAUCUUACCUGUCAUAAAGUGGAGGCUGUGGUCAAUGCAGCCAAUGAGAAGCUAAACCAUGGAGGGGGUCUUGCGCAAGCCCUGUGUUAUGCUGGAGGACCAAUGAUCCAGAAAUGGAGUGAUGAUAUUAUAAAACAACAUGGAAGAGUGAAAACAGGUGGAGCUGUACUCACUCCUGCUGGAAAACUCCCAUGUAAAUAUAUCAUACAUGCUGUGGGACCCAAAGUGUCUCAAAAUCCAUCUCUGAAGGAGGUUAAUCAAGCUGCGCCCUUGUUAAAUAAUACUGUCAUCAGUAUUCUACAAACAGUUGCAAGUCAGAACAUUUCCUCUGUUGCAAUUCCUGCUCUGAGUUCUGGCCUUUUCAAUUUUCCAAGAGAUCAAUGUGCAGACAUUAUUGUUAAUGCUAUAAAGCAGUUCCAUGAAUAUGGAGGGUUUCAAGGCAAGAACGUAGAAGUCCAUCUCGUCAAUAAUGAUGAACCCUCAGUCCGAGAAAUGGAGAGAGCCACUAGGAUGAUCUUAGAUCUGACUAGCACCUCUGCCUCGUACAGUGGAGCUGUGCAUGGUAGAAUUCAGAGCAUGGCUUCCUCUACAAGCAAUAUUUUGCAGCUUGGCAACAUAACACUGCAUCUUAAAAAUGGCCUUAUUGAGGAGGAAAAGGCUGAUGUAAUUGUGAAUACAAUUGCAACAAACUGUGAUUUGUCUGAGGGGGAGAUUUCAAAAGCUAUUUUGAAGAAAGCUGGCAGAAAGAUUCAAGAGCAGAUUUCCAGAAUGGGAAACUCCAUAAGUUUCUCAGGUGGUAAACUUUAUAUAACAAAUGGAUAUGGACUGAACUGUCAAUCAGUAUAUCAUAUUGCUUUGACAUAUCCGACCAAGAAGACUCUUUACAAUAGUGUCUCAAAAUGUCUGAGCAAAGCUGCUUGCGGAUACAAGUCAAUUUCCUUCUCAGGUACUGGUACUGGUAAACUGAGUCUUCAGAAACAAGAUGUUGCUGAAAUCAUGAUGGAAGCUGUGGCAGAUUUUGCCAAACAGAGCAUGAAUAAACUGGAUGUAUACUUUGUUGUGUUUCCACAGGACAAUCAAAUGAUGGAGGCUUUCGAAAAAGAGAUGAAAAUUAGGAUGGGCAAGUCAAAGUCACUAGGAGCACACAGUGAUGUGACAACAAGGUUUGCAUCCAAAGAAACCACAGCAAAAGAAGUGCACUCUGUUGAGUUCAACAGUGUCUCCAAUGAAGCUCUGAGAGAAGCAAAAGCAUGGAUGCUUAAUAUGCUAAAGCAGUCAGAUAACAUAACAAUAAAGAAUAAUCAUGUCAUACAUCUUGACCAAAGAGACCAUGAAAACCUACUCUUUCUCCAAACAAAGUUUCACGUUCACAUUACUGAAUUUUUCAGGAAUGGUAAUGGUGGCAUAACCAUCACUGGAAAUCCUUCAGAUGUCAGUUGUGCAGCAAUUGAGGUGGAGUCCAUACUUUGUAAGGCCCAGAAGUGCUUCGCUCGAGCUGAAGAAGAUGACAUGCUGUAUUCUGUGGUUCGCUGGAGCUGUAAAGGUGUACCUUGGAUACAGACACCUGAAAACAGUGCAGUUUUGGAGAAAGCUUUUUUGGCAGGGAUUGCAAACUUUGAUUUCAAUAACCACAAUGUCAACAUGAUGUCCAGGACUUUGGUUGACAACUAUGGAAGAAGCUACCGUUUGGAAAGGACAUGCCUGUUGGCUCCUUUCAAGCCUCUUAACAAUUCGUUUUAUGAAAGAACACCAGUGACCAGGAAUGAUUAUUUUGGAAAAGAAGAAAUGAAAGCCUUCAUUGCUUGUGGGCUCCAUAUUUUAAAGAUGGAGAAGCUAGAGAACAUCAUGCUGAAGCAGCUGUUCGAAAUGAAUAGGCAGAGACUGAAAGACAAACCGAAGCGCCUCUACCAGCGUGUGUCUGCUCAGUUCUGUGAUCUUGUCUGCAGAAUAGGCUUUCAGAAAGAGUUUGCCUCUUCUACAGAACAAAAGUAUGGCAGUGGAAUAUAUUUCAGCAGUACAGUGGAUGGAGCAAUGAAGCUGUGGAAUGAUCAGGAACAUGAGCAGUACAUCUACAUCAUUCAAGCCCAGGUCCUCACUGGGAAAUCCAUGACUCUUUCUCCACAUUUGAGUUUGCCCCCUACCUUAAGUAAAGACCCUUUGGGUCAUUGCGAUAGCAUGUCUGACUUGCGAGAGACAAAUGUCAUCCUCAGUGGUCAGCGAGCUCUUCCUGAAUACCUGUUCAUAUGUGCCAAACCAAGCCAUGUGUAGCUGCACAGUUCAAUAUGCAGCAGAAAAACUGAAAUCAAUCAAUGCAAAUUUUUGCCUUGGAUUUUAAAUUUCAAAAACACAAAUUUUUCAUCAACGUCUAAAAAAAGGAAUCACACAAAUAAUACUUAACAAAUAAGCAAUAAAGCUCAGUGUAAUCAUUAGUCUAAAUCACAUGUUUGAUUUGAUAAUAGGCACCUGUGUGAACGCAGCAUAAUAUGAAAACAUUACACUGGUAUUAGAUUAAAAAAAUAAUCAUUGUUUUUUGUAUUAAUUUUAUAUUUAUCUGUUGAUCAAGAAUGCAUAUGAGGGUAAAUAGGUUUUCUUCUUAAAUAUAUUAACACAAAUUUAAUACAAAUAAACAGUUUAUUUUAUCAGUAGGCCUAAUCAAGGCCUUCCUAUUCAUGUGAUGUGAUGUACACAUUUACACAACUGAAUUAUGAUGAAUGCUUUGACUCAAAUAAAUAAAUGCCAAAA